AUGACAAACGAAACAACAACGGCUCAACAACCUACUUCGAAUGCUAAUACUGGAAUCAAGAUUAAAAAAACUCUUAAUGGAAAUAACAAAGUGGAAUCGCUGAUAGUUGAUUCUGGACCACUUAUUAAAGGGCACCAGCUUGUUCAUCUUGCAAACUCUUUCUAUACUGUUCGUGAGGUUUUGGAUGAAAUCAAGGAUCAAAACACUCGGGAUAUGGUCGCUUCAUUGCCGUUUGACCUGGUGGUGCGCAAUCCUUCAAGUGAGGCUGUAGCCGCAGUGGCGGCAUUCUCCAAAAAGACUGGCGAUUACACUUCCAUGUCUACAACAGACAUGAAGAUUCUAGCCUUGACAUGGAUGAUUGAAAAAGAGACCAAUGGUUUAUCUCAUAUACGGUCUCAACCACUACAUGCAAUGACCUCGAACGGCACAAAUAAUGAUGCCAAACCAGUCCCCAAACCAGCUCUCCAAAAAACUCAGAAUAUCGCUGUAGAUCAAAAUGUUGAGCCAUUGGUAGAGGCUGUCAAGAGUAAAUCUAGCGACAAUGUGACCAAAACCAACUCAAAGAAAAAGCAGGCCAAGGUUGCAGCCGAAAUGGAUGAUGAUGCAGGAUGGAUCACUCCACAGAACAUCGCCAAGCACAAAGCAAAAGACUUGUAUGGAUCUAUCUCGGUGAAAAAUGCCGCCAAAGCUCCCUCUGUGGCUUGUAUGACAACAGAUUUUGCAAUGCAGAAUGUACUAUUGCAAAUGAAUCUCAAUGUUCUUUCUGUAGAUGGAAUCACUGUUCGAAAACUGAGAAGCUGGGUGCUAAGAUGUCACAGCUGCUACAAAGUAACCAAGGACAUGAACAAGCAAUUCUGUCCGUCUUGUGGAAACAGUACACUAAAUCGUGUUUCUGUAGGCAUCAAUGCCAAUGGACAAACCAUUUACUAUUUAAAAAAGAAUUUCCAGGUCAAUUUACGCGGAACUCGAUAUAGUAUUCCAAAGCCAAAAACAGGACGAAAUGCCAAUAAUCUAAUUGUUUGUGAAGAUCAGAAAGAGUACCAGCGUGCAUUGCAGCAAAAACAAAGACGUGAUAAGCAGUUGCUAAAUCAAGAUUCCAUGUCGCUGGACUCUGCUAUUUUAGGCAGCAUUGGUCACAAAAACAGCGAUGGCGGUCCCUCUCUUUUGACCAAAUCUGGUAUGCCUCUGGUCGGAUAUGGCCAUCGCAACGUGAACGCUAGCCGAGGCAGGCGUAGAAAGUAG